GAGGGUUAUCAUGUAUGGGAUUAAGAGUAUGAUGACAGCUGCUUCUCCCAUCCUAGCCAGAGUCUGGUUUUGGUGCCUCCUUGUCAAAGGGACUCAAUUCUAGCAGAGAUUAGGGGCCCUUUGACUCCAGGAGUGAGGAUAAAGUACCUCUAUCCCCUGUACAGAGCUAGGAGUAGUAAUGUAGAGGCUGAGUUCAAAUAAAUAGAACUUCAGGGAGAUUCCAAAUGACCUCUGAGCAGCUAACAGGCUGUGUUAGAAUUUUUUUACUCAAAAAGAUAGUGACAGGCUGGGUGCCCUCCUGCAUGUCCUGGAUCCUGCUCAGUUCAUUGCAAGACUGAGAUAGGACUUUGCAAGUAGGACUACAAGAGUAGUCCUGCUUCUAUAAGUCUGUAAUCCAUUGGUGAGCAGUAACAGGUUUAUCCUGACAGGGUUAUCCUGUCUGUCUGUAAGCUGUUAGAUUCUGCACCAUGCUGUCCACCCAGAGGCGCAGUACCAGCAUUCUGACCAGAAAGGAAAUCCUAGAAAAUGGGUUCUUGGCCAACUCCUCCAGCCAUAGCCACUCUUCUCCUGUUCUGAGUUAUUACAUGGACUCUAACAGUGCUUCCAAAGCUGACUCCUGGGAGCUCCCUGUGGACUUGGAUAACACAGCAAGUGGCAGUUCUCCAUGUGUUGUCAAGCAGGCGGAGUCUCUGAGCAGCUGCGUGAAGGCUGAGCUGCACAGCCUGACCCAGGGCAUCUCUGACCUCAGUCUUGUCUGCUUCUGCAAGGCCCACCAUGGGCAGGCCACCUCUGAGCUGUCUGGUUUGCUCUGUGAGCACCCCGGCAGAGAUGGCUGCCUGAUAAAUGUGGCGUCACAGAACACCUCAACACCUUGCAAGAAAGACAAGCCCUCCAAAGCGCUGGAGAGUCUGCUCUUCAAGAGCUCUGAGCCAGUUGGAGACAUCUCAGCCCUUGGGAACGUGCCAGCACCCAGGUGGGACAUCUCGGCAAUAAAAUCCUUUAUAGAUACCAGCGCACCCCUCGACGUGAGCACUGAGGAGUUCCGGUUACUGGGAUGCUCCAAACCAGACACAUCAUCCCUGGAGACCCCCGUGGUGAUUCCUCUGGCUUGGCCUGGUGCCUUCAAGAAGCACCCCGUGCUGCUCCACAGGUCUGCCACCCUGGAGACCCAGCCGAGCGACCCUGACGCUGUCCCUGUGUUUCUGCAGCAGGCUCUGUGAUGCUGCUGCCCUGGCUCCAGCUGGAGCUGCUGGCUGCCUGUCCCCUCCUGCGAGGAGCGCCGAUCCACAUUGCAGCACAGAGGAUGGAGCCAGCGGCUUGAGUGGUGAUGGCAGCAGCUGGUGCCAAGCUAAAUCUGCCCGCCUGGGGUGACCGAGACGGCAUUGGUGGUGGGGGAUGUUUGGGCAGGUGAUGGCAGCCCCGAGAGCCGCAGCCUUGCUGGCUCCUCCUCCUCCCCGAUCCCUCUCUUUUGUAUUAAUUAGCACAAUAAAGAUGUAAAUGUCUCUCUGGUGCUCUCUGACUCUCGCUGU